AAUUUUCCAGUGUCAAACUUGCAGUUCGUAUUGCUUUAAGCUAUUUAUGCCGUUUAGAUUAAAAAUCUUAUGAUAACGUUAAUUGGCACACUGUAUUUUUUUUCUUCGGAAUGUAAACAACAAAAAUAACUUGGCGAUACACUUUACAGCCAAGGUUUAAGUAAACGUGUAGUUCUGAGCAUCACCUCACUGUUUAUUACAAACCUCAUGCCGGAGUUAUGUAUAAAAGAAUUGAAACUUUAGGCAUUGUUUUUCACUGAUUGUCGGCUGUUUACAUUGUUUUCCUUCGAAAAAAAAGAGCUAGAAUAUAGAAGAGACGGAUAUUUUAUUUACACGUUGUGAAAAAGUGAGACAGUCAAGGAAAGAACCUAGGCAAACAGAAAAUUCUAUUACAAUCAUGGAAGCUGAACACGAAAACCAGUCUCAACGAAAUCAGAGACAGAAACAGAAUCGCCCAAUGGUUAUGUGUUGUUUAAUUAUGGUCGGUUUAACAUUCAUCAUUUGGCUUGUUGCCAUGGCGACUCCAGGCUGGAUAGUUGCUUACGUUAGGAACGACUUGUAUCCUACUGGAGUGAGCUUAAAAAUGAGCCUAUUUUAUUACGUAACCUGUGAAUCUACUAGAACAUGUGAUCUUCUGGCUAUUUCCUGGGAUAUGGCGGAUCCAAGUUCUUACCCGCCAAACAAGCCCUCUAUACCUGAGAUUCAGAUAGUGAGUACGUUUGCUAUCAUUCUGUGCGGAGCUGUGUUCGUACUAGAGCUGGUCAACUUAAGGAUAUUUAUACUCAAUCCAUCUAAAACGGUCACAAGUGCAAUAUUAAUGUUAAUAGCAAUCGUAUCAGAGACUGUGCUCAUUGGUAGAACUGGACGUCUGGUAACUCGAGUGACAGACGAAUUUAAAAGAAUACACCGCUCAGAAUUAGCUGAUCUUGAAAGAAAGUUACGAGGAGCCGAUAUAACGAACAUCGAGGACAUAAUUUCGUUUUUCGUGUACCGGAUUGAUUUUCCGUAUUCUAUUUUUAUUGCUUCUCUUGGGGUCCUUACUGGAGUUUUGGCCUUCACCUUCAUCAUCAUUGUGUUUUACCGGAACAGGAAAUCACAGCGGAGUGAUACAGUUUGUGACGGAGAUAAUCCGUGUAGAUCCAAGUCUACCUCCUAAAUAUAUAAUAUAAUUUUCUUUGGAGAGAAGGAAAGAAUAUGCGCCUCAAUGAUGAAUACUCAUUUUCGUAAGCCUACCUCAUGGAUAUUUAUUCAAAUAAACGGAGGAAGAAGAAUGACUUCACAUAUAUGUACCUCAAAUUAUUGCUGAAUACUAGUACAAAUUGAAUACUGCAUAUGAAGCUCAAUUAUAAUUUUUUUUAAAUAACCAUUUAACAU